GGGCCGGACGUGACGUCGACGGAGCACGCGUGUUGUUGCAGUGAGCGGAUCUCGUGCGGCAUGGAGGAGGCGGAGGAGGAGGGCAAGAAGGAGGAGGAGGAGGAGGCCUCUGAGGCUUUUGGUGGCUCAAAAGUGGCGGAGCAGCUGAGGGCGCUGAGUGUGGCUGCCGAGGGAGCCGUUCGGGAGGGGGGAGGGGAAAAGGCCGCACCGCCGCCGGACUGCGGCCUUAUAGGGGUUCCCUCUGACCCUCUGCCAGAAUGCGGCCUCAUAGGGCUUCUCUCCGGCCCUCCGCCAGAAUGCGGCCCCAUAGGGAUUCCUUCAACCCCUCCGCCAGAAUGCGGCCCCAUAGGGAUUCCCUCCGGCCCACAAGAGCUUCCUGAGGGAGCCGGCGCUUCCCUUGAUGGAGAGAGUCUGCCUGCAGUGGAAGAGGGGGCCCCGCCACUCGGAAAGGGCCCUUCUUUCUCUCAAUCGGAGGAGACGGAGCGAAGGGUUGGCCUCGAGGAGGGAGCGGAGCUGGCUUCUGGCCCCAAAGGAGAGGGAGAAAGCCUUGCACCAGGUCCCAGGAGUCCCUCUCAGCCUCAGCUGGAUGUGAAUGGCGGGUCGGAUCAGUCCACAGUCAUGGAAAUCAGUGGCAGUGCUUCUUCCGAAUCCGAAAGUGAUACCGAUUCAGACAGUUCGUCUUCUGACUCCUCUUCUUCUUCCUGUCUUCCGAUUCUGUCUGAAGAUGAUGAUGAUGAUGAUCAGCAAAAUAAAAAUGAAGAUAACACUUGCAGUACUACCAAAAAUGGUGAACUGCCUAAAGAAUCCCUUUGCAUCGAAGAUUUGAAAAUAAUUCUUCCUGAAUCUGUUGAACUGAUGCCUAUUGGGAAGGUUUCCAGCAUCAUUGGACAUUUAGUAAUUGUUGAGUCCCAGAAAGGAAUGCCCCCUGUGAACGAAGAUACUGUGCUUUUCAGAGGUGACCAUCAUUCAAUAGGAAAGAUCUUUGAGGUAUUUGGCCCUGUGUCUCAUCCAUUUUAUGUGCUACAGUUUAACAAUCCUGAACAUAUUGAAGCUAAAGGUAUUAAGGUACAUGAUGCUGUGUACUUUGCUCCAUCGGUUGAGAGCUUCACUCAGUAUAUAUUUCCAGAAAAAUUAAAGCAAGAGAAAGGAUCUGAUGCAUCAUGGAAGAAUGAUGAAGAGCCACCUCCUGAAGUUUUAGACUAUAGUGAUGAUGAAAAAGAGAGAACAGCAAAGCAACAGAAGAAAUCUCAGAAUUUAAAAAGAAAGAAAUUCAAAUCACAACAAAAUAAUGAUAAGAAUGGAAUUGAUUACCAGCCCAGACAACGUUAUUAUCCAGAUUGGAGGGAACCUCAUUCUACUUUUUCAAGAGGACGAUACCCACAUCCUUCUGCAUCUCCACGUUUUUUUAGACAUCAGGGAAGCACUCCACAACAAUAUUAUUCUAACUAUGCUGAACCUUCAGCGUUUCAUCAGCAGCAGAGGCCAGAUAAUUCAAGAAGACAUCAGUUUUCCUUUCCUCCCCCUUCAUUUGCGGCAAAUUUUGCACCCUCACCUAGACCUGCAACAUGGGGGUGGCCUCCAGGAUAUACUCAAAAUACAUAUGAUCCUUUGUUGUCACUACUCUCUCUGCCCCCACCACCUCCACCCCCACUACCUCCCCCAUCGGCUCCUGUCAACAGCAUAAAUCCUCCUUAAACUGAACUGUCCUUUAAUCUUUUCAAUGGUCUUUGAAAAUGUCAGAUUUCCUACUUAAAUUCUGUAUAUGUUGCAUUUUCUCGAGUUUCAUGUUUUUUUGGGGGAUGGGGGAAGGAUAGUUUAUGUUGUGUACAAAAAUGUAAACCUUAAAGUAAUUUUAUAAUAAAAUUAAAAUCUUAUUUUGAGAACAGGAAAUACUGGAAUAGGGCAGUUUUUCUUUACUGAAAUUUUGUAAUCCAAAUUCUUGGAUAUAUAUUAUUUUUAAUAAAUCUCUACCUUAUUUCUA